AUGAUUACCGUGAUAUUGAAAUCCAACACUUUUAGCUGUCUUAAGCAGUCCAGUGGGGUGUGCAUUAAGUAUAGUGGUAUCCAGCGUAUAUUUGAAAAACCAACAUUUGUAUACAAGCUGUACGAAUAUCAUGACAUUCACUUUGGUAGUCGCCUUCUUAAUGUUAGUCUGUACGGAAUACACGGAUCGGAUUCUUGUUGGCCUGGCACCUGUUUAGUAACUGGAUGA